AUGGUUAACCUCGGAUAUGUUGCACUUCUCUUGACCGCUGCCUCGGCGAACGUGGUGUCUGCCAUUCCGGCUCAGCAUAAGGGUACCACCACCACUACCUCGGUCAAGACUACCUCUACCACGACGUCGCAUGCUUUCGCAUCUACUACUGCUAAGGCUAAUUUGUUGGCUGAGAUCGUGAGUGAGGUUAAGGUUCUUAAGAAUGCUGCUACUUCGGAUAUCGCUGCUGCGAAGAGCUUUGUCAGGAGCAAGAUCGCUGCUUGCAAGACCAAGACCGCUUCCGUCGCCGCCAGUGCCUCCGCGACUGUUUCUGGCGCUUCCGCCAUCGCUUCCGUCGGCAGCUCCACCUACAACAAGAAAGACUACCUCGUCUCCUCCCUCCCCGACGUCUCCUUCUCCCUCCCCACCUCCUACGCCGGUUUAUUGCCCACUGAGAAAAACGGCGAUGACAACAUCUUCUUUUGGUACUUCCAGAACGACUCCGACGACCUCGUUUUCUGGUUGAAUGGUGGUCCGGGAUGUUCCUCCCUCGUCGGUCUCUUCGAGGAGAACGGUCCUCUGGAGUUCGGUGAUGGUGCUGUUGUCCCCUCCGCUCGUUCCCUCGCGUGGACCAACGCUGCGUCCAUGGUUUACAUUGACCAGCCCCUCGGUACCGGUUUCUCUUUCGGUCCUGACUCGACUGAGGAGGAUUUGUUGGAUAAUGAUGCCAUCACCGCUCGUCUCUAUGGUUGGUUCGAGCAGUUCUUCACGAUGUUCCCUGAGCUGUUGAAGAAGGACGUUACCAUCAUGGGCGAGUCCUACGCUGGUGUCUACGUCCCCUACAUCGCGGACAAGAUCCAGUCCAACCUCAAGACUUUGCCCAUCAAGAUGAAGGCCAUUUCCGUUGGUGACGGUCUUAUUGGAAACUACGCCGCUAACCAGAUCAUUCCGGUUGCUGCGUACAUGAACGAGCAGAACGACACCCUUAAGGUUGACCAAGUCGUUCUUGAUGUUAUGAACAACCAGUCCUCGUACUGUGGCUUCGACAGUGUCUUGGCUCAGGUCACUUACCCUCCGUCUGGUCCUAUCAAUGGUUUCAUGUCCCCUCCCGACACGGCUUACAAGAAGCGUGACCUCGAGUUCGAGGGUGACCUCGCUAAGCGCGCUACCUACACCGACGCGGAGUACUUUGCCAAAUUCGCUCCUUACUGGUGGGGUAUGGACGGUGCUGAGUGUGAUCUUUACUCUGUCGCUCUCGGUGGAAUCUUCCAGCAGCCGUACUCUACCCGCUGUUUCGAUGUCUACAACAUUGACCACGACUGCAACAACACCGUCGAUAACUCUGGUUACACCGAGUACCUCCUCCGUGACGAUGUCCGUGCCGCUCUCCACAUCGAGUCCGCCCCUGCCUUCCAGCAGUGCAACGACACCAUCCAGAACAUCAUCGACCCCGGUCUUUUCACUCCUACUGCUUACGAGAUCAUUCCUCGUCUUUCUCAGGAGAUGGAGGUCCACAUCUAUAGCGGCAAGCUCGAUUUCGCGAUUAACCACCUCGGUACCGAGAUGGUUUUGCAGAACACUACAUGGGGUGGCAAGCAGGGUUUCCAGAAGAAGCCUAACACGAAGUUGCCUUUCGGUGGUGGUGUCUUUAGGCGUGAGCGUGGGUUGACAUACACGAAGUUCGACGACGCUGGACACUUGGCUCCUGAGGAUGCGCCUGAGACUUUGUACCAGUGGUUCAACAAGUUUGUGUUGAAGAACUACGCAAAGUACUAUUAA